AUGGAUUGCACCAGCGAGUUCCCCAAAUACACUCGCUACGGCGUCCUGGCCAGCUGCUUCAUACUGACGGGGCUUUCCUGUGGGUCCCUCCAUGCAUGGGGAGUGCAGCAAGAGUACUUGACGGCGCACGAUUUUGCCAACGACCCAGGACGAAUCAAGACACUGAGUUAUAUUGGCACACUGAUGUACUUUGGAAUAUACAUCUGGGGCAUGUUGGCGGGCUGGCUGGCCGAAGUGUGGUCAUAUAGGAUGCUAUGCUUUAUUGGCGUUGUCUGUUUGGCAGUUGGUCCGCUCGCGGCGUCUUUUUGCAGUGAGCCAUGGCAGUUUUGUCUUACCCAAGGGAUAAUUUUCGGACUGGGCUGCGGCCUCGUAUACAGUCCUGCAUCGACAGCCCCAGCGCGGUGGUUCACGAGACGGCGCGGCAUGGCCACGGGCCUAGCGCUUUCGGGCGUGGGCGUCGGUGGGCUGAUAAUAGCGCCACUGACCGAGUUCCUUGUCCGGCACAUCGGAGUCCCCUGGAGCCAGCGCAUAUCUGCGAUGUACACGAUAGUAUUUGGUGCCAUCGCGUGCUACUUUGUGCGCGUGCCGUUCCAAGACAAAAGCCGCACGCUGCGGAAUUUCGACUGGAAGGCGUUCCACGACCGGCGGUUCGCAAUACAGGCCCUGAUGGUGUUUUUCGCCACGGCAGCGUAUCUUGUACCGGUCUCGUAUUUGCCGCAGUUCUGGACCAGCCAUGGGGUGGGGGCGGAGACGGCGUCGGUGAUGAUCGCCAUAUCGAAUGUCUCCAACGCCGUGGGGCGGCUGGCAAUGGGCGUGGCGGCGGACUACAUCGGGGUGUUGAACUCGCUGGUGCUUGGCGUGGGCUGCUCGACAAUUGGUGCUCUAGUCAUUUGGCCGUUUGCUACCAGCGUUGGCUCGGGGCUGGUGAUGGGGAUUAUUUACGGAUUUGGCUCCGGCGGAUACUGGACUCUGGUGCCGCUGGCGGCAGCCAAGCUGUUUGGCAUUGAUAAACUGGCCAGCAACACAGGCAUAUUCUACACGCUGUCGGCGCUGAGCGCGUGGAUUGGUAAUCCGGUCGGUGGCGCAAUUCUGGCGAACUCCAGGCACGGCUCGCAAUACCUCGGGAUGAUUAUGUAUGUUGGGGCGCUGUGGGCAGUGUCGUUUUUCUUUGCUUCAUACAACAGGCUGUCCUACUCGCGGCAGGUGUUUGUCAAGGUGUAG